CAUAUAUGAGAACAUUUAAAAGAUAUGGCGAGCAUAAUAUUAAUAGCUUGCCUAGCUAUACUGGGCUUAAUAAUUGCGAUAGCAUUAUUUUUGGCCGGUGGCUACUUGUGGUGGAGGCACAAAAGGUCACAACUGCAGUUUAUAGAGCCGAAUGAAGACGAGGAAUCAAGUAGCUACAGCUUAAGAGCUGCCCAGGACAUUUUGGAAUCUGGAAAUCCGCCAAAUAAGCCGCAAGUGCCCGUUGCCCAAGCGAUUACGAAUCCUCUACAAAAUAACAUUAAUCGAAAAUUGAAUGGAUUCUUAAAUCUUCGAACGCCUCUCAUUGGGAGCGGCUCAGCAGCAACACCAACAAAAAAAUCAAAUACUUCCACAGGUGCAAGUGCGAAUGAUGGUACAGCUAAGGAUGCUGCGAAUAAAAGCAUCUCAAUGACCGAUAUGUAUCUGGAUAGUACGGAUCCCAGUGAAAACGUCGGACAAAUUCACUUUUCAUUGGAAUAUGAUUUUCAAAACACGACGCUAAUAUUAAAAGUGCUGCAGGGCAAAGAGCUGCCAGCAAAGGACUUAAGUGGAACAUCCGAUCCCUAUGUACGAGUGACACUGUUGCCAGAUAAAAAACAUCGCCUCGAAACUAAAAUAAAGAGAAGAACUCUGAAUCCGCGCUGGAAUGAAACAUUCUAUUUCGAAGGCUUUCCAAUACAAAAGCUGCAAUCACGUGUACUUCAUUUACAUGUCUUCGAUUAUGAUCGUUUCUCACGGGACGAUUCAAUUGGUGAAGUAUUUUUGCCACUGUGUCAGGUGGACUUUGCUGGCAAGCAAUCAUUUUGGAAGGCCUUGAAACCGCCAGCUAAGGAUAAGUGCGGCGAACUUUUAUCUUCACUAUGCUAUCAUCCUUCGAAUUCUAUUUUAACGCUGACAUUGAUCAAAGCUAGGAAUUUAAAAGCUAAAGAUAUCAAUGGAAAGUCAGAUCCUUAUGUGAAGGUUUGGCUUCAAUUCGGCGACAAGCGUGUAGAAAAGAGAAAAACACCUAUAUUCACCUGUACGCUUAAUCCAGUCUUUAACGAAUCAUUCAGCUUUAAUGUGCCAUGGGAAAAGAUACGCGAAUGCUCUUUGGAUGUUAUGGUCAUGGACUUCGAUAAUAUUGGGAGAAACGAGCUGAUCGGCCGAAUAUUGCUAGCAGGUAAGAACGGUUCAGGUGCCUCAGAAACAAAGCAUUGGCAAGAUAUGAUCUCGAAGCCCAAACAAACUGUGGUACAAUGGCAUCGCUUAAAGCCUGAAUAGAUCCUGAUCUGCGAACUACUGCAGUUUAGUAAAGGGCUAUAAUGAAUGCCCUCAAUAUAAUAUAAAUUUGAUUAUAAACUAAGAUUUCAAUGAAACAUACAUACGAUAUAGAGGCAUUGAAAUCGGAGCACACGAAAAACAAAAGCACAUUGUAUUAGGGUAUAAUCGACUGCAUAUACCCGUUCACGAAUACAAAACUGUAUACAUUUUUGUUGGGACAAAUUUGCCACAAAUACAGGAAACUACAGGGAUCAAGCGCGAAAACUUGGUCAUCCUAGCUCAUUGGCCUAAUAGGAUUAGAUGACGCUGAUCUAUAUACAAAAUAUGAAAGCAGUAAUCAUCCCGGAAAACUAGAUAAUCCUCGUUUAUUCUCUCACCGAUUUUUCCGAUUUACCACCAACUAUAGAGCUUGUGUAGAGCUAGUCUAUAUGCAAAUACAUAUCUAAAAUCCAAUGCUUCAGCCUUAAAUCGAACAGGAAUUAUAGAGAAACACUAAAUGUAUAUAAUAAUUCCUUGAUUUCCCCAGAAGCCAUUAUCCAUUAUCCUCCAAAUUAACACCAAAUACCGUAUUCUUUUAUUUCCGACUUCGUGAACGAGUAUCAAAAUGCUUAAGCUUUAGUCGGAAUCUAAAUUGAAUCUGAAUUGUAAAGUUGUAGCGAGAAGCCAGCUAAGGUGAACAAACAAUUGAAUUGUGCAAAAAAAGUUUAAAAGAAGAAAUGUUUUU